AUGGCACAAUUUAAGAAUAGCUUUGUAGCUGCUACGCCGUCAAGCCAACAAAGCCAAGCUUAUCCUAACAAGAGACCAGCCUUAACGGGAUUUGUUUCAGGUGGGACCAUUGGUGGCGACAUGGGUAGAACUCAGACUCAAACUCCCCCGGUAGCAACUGAUCAAAACUCUAGCCAAAAGAAUCCACAAAGUUCUGAAGAUCGGCCAAGAAAGAGGAAAAGGAGAUCUGGUUGGGAUAAUUGA